GAACCAAUCUCCAAAGAAGCACCUCCUCCACCAGGUCUGCAAGGGCUCAGUGAACUCGACAAGUUUAAUCUUCUGACGGCCAAGAUCCUAGGGAAACAGCCCGAAGAGGAUAAGCCAAAAGUGAAGGAGGCCGAGACCAUCAAGGAGGCGAGCUAUUUCUUUGUCCAGCGCUUGCCGCGCCACUGGACACCGGCUGGCAUCACCCAGCACAACGCCUGCUUGCAUGGCCGGGGCGACCCGAAAACAGCAGCAAGAGAAGCUAUCCAUGCCGCCAGCGACCAGCCAGAUUCGGCUUUCGCUUGGAUCUUGGAAGUAUAUAAAAAAGAUGCCUCUCACGAAAAGCUGCGUGACCCAGGGAAGUUCCUCACCUUAGACACCAAGCUCCUUGCUUCGCUUUCCAAGGUCGCUAAAGGGGAACUCGCAAGACAAAUCUUGAACUUUAAGGAAGUAGAAGCGGGUCAUGAAAGGGCAGUGCGCGGUCGCCAGGUUCUCUAUCUGCUUGAUCAGCACUUCAAAACCAAUGAGGAAGUUGGGUCGCUUUACAGUGUCGAAGAUUUGCUCAAAGUCACACUCGUUCAAGACGACUUGACCACUUUCCUCCACAAUUGGGAGUCUGUAAUCGCAGGAAUGAGCCACAUCCCCGACGAAACCACCCUUAGGGACAUCUUCUUGAGGCAGAUCCGGAAAUCCCAAAAGAUAAAGUUUGACCUUGAACGCUAUGACAGGGCCAAAGAAGGUACCCCCGAACGCUCCUAUGAGUUCCUGAAGGAAUCCAUACGGGACCUCCUCACUAGAGAACGAAUGAGGACGACUCGUGACAGAAUUGCCAAAAGUCACGGGGACAAGUACGGGGCACCAGGUAUGAAAGAUACCAAGACAAGAUCCGGAGAAGAAGGGAAGCCGAAUGCCCCGGCAACCCCAGCGACAGGAGACAAGCCUGAAAAACCAAGGCCAGAUCGCCGCGAUCUGCGCUACGCAAUCGAAAGUGCAAGGAUAUUAGAAGGGGUGGUUGAAUCCAUGCAGGCAGGUGUUGAGUCCGCGUGUAAAUACGAAUGUGAAGAAGAUGAAGGGCCAACUUGCCAACAUUGCGAGAACACCCUGAAGAUAUCAUGCGUUUCCACCAAUGGCCUUGAGUUCCUUGCUGAUACCGGAAGCGCAGAAGACUUGAUCAGUAGGCAUGAUCAUGCAACGUACUUUUCCGGUGUUCCAAUUGCCGAUGCUACAAAGCAAGUGAAUCUAAUCACGGCAAAUGGGCCAGUUCAGGGAAACAAAUCUGUUUGCAUUCCGGUUCCCGAGUUUGGAGGGGAUCUUGAGUUUUACCUUCUGGAAAGUACGCCUCUGGUUUGCUCCUUGGGUAGAAGGUGCAUGGACGAGGGUUUCGACUUUCAUUGGCCAAGGGGACAAGCCCCAUAUUUCAUCACGCCAAAUGGGCGAAAGCUCCGCUGUAGGAUGCGGGGUAGAGUGCCUGUAAUCGGCGACUUAGAUUCGUGGGCAUCUGCCGCAAGCGAGUCCAAACCAAAGAAGGCCGAGCCGGAGGACAGGGUAGAUGAGGAAGAACCACGAGAAGCGCAUCCAGAUGCAGAAAUCGAAGCUGCAAUUGCUGCAGAACCCCCAAUCGCGAUCAACCGCAUGUUGUUGAUGAAGCCAGGCUGGGAUAAAGUUAACAUCGAAGAGCUCGAUGUCAGGGCAGCGAAGCUGGAGGCUUACACCGUGAUGUCAAUCACGAUCUUCGAGCGCAGCCCUGAAAGUGAAGAAGAAAUUCCGGACAGCGACCGG